GCGCCAGCCCCACAGAUGCCCGGGCUGGGGAGGGGACGUGUGUAUCCCCUUUGCCUUCUGGGAAGGGGGGACCCCGAGGUGGGAAGGGACAGCCCCCGUCCAAGACCGGAAGGAGACCAAAGCGUUCCCUUUAACUCUUCCGGCCUCCGAGUCCCGGUCUGCAGUGGGCGGGAAGGGGGUGGGGGGACCUCACUGUCCUUUGUUGGAAGGUCCCGGCGGGAAGAAGGUGGUGGUGGCAGAGCGGGGCUGACCUGGGAGUGUGGCCUGGACAGCAGGGUUCCCCCGAAGCUCCCCACUCGUGCAUCUUCAACCCUUAGGUCUCUUGAAGAUCCAGAGAGAUCACACAGGGUUUUCAGGCCCAGGGGCCUGGCCUCUGACUCAGCGGGGCCUGGAGGGAUGUGUCACACCCAGUUGGUGGCAGGGGCAGGUCCCAGCUAGACCUGCCAGGGCAGCUGUGCCCACUUCACAGCCAGAACAGGCACAGCAAGAGGUCACCACAUGGCCUCAGUCCACUGCCAGCAAGGGUAGGGUCCUUCCCUUCGUGGAUCUGCGUCACCCUCUGGACCACCUGGCAGCCGGCUUUGCCCAGCUCCAAGCGCUGCCUUGGUGUUUGCUUUUACAGUCCUGGAAAGUGAACCCAGGGUCUUUACACUGAGCUGCGUAUACUGUUUUAAAAAUAUUUUAUUAGUUGAGAGAGAAUCUUGCUAUGUGGCGCAGGCUGACCUUGCAGUUGUGGUGAUCCUCCUGCCUCAGCCUCCUGAGUGCUGCAGUGACAGGUGUACGCCACUAAGCUGAGCUCAGUGUGUGGCUCUGUGACUGGGUCCAUGCUCCUUCCCCUGCUGGGCUCAGUGUCCCCAGCCAGGAAGUGGGUUGCUCAAUGUACACAGCCUCUCCUAGGUGAACUCCUAGGUGAACGCCAGGGAGGCUGGGAAGGAGGGAGUCUGCGUUCCUCUUCCUCUUUUUUUUCCCCCUCUCACCCCUCCAGUCCCCUUUGGUUUUCUGUACUGAGGGGUCAGUCCAGGACAUACUACAUGCUGAGCAGUUGUGCUACCACUGCACUGGCCUCAGCUCCCACUGUUUCCUUUUUUCCUGGCCUCAGGACCUUUGCAUAGCCACUUAGCUGAGCUGCACUCCCAACCUGGAUGUACACCGUGCUCACAAGUGGGCUGGCCAGCACCUUCUCAGCUGCUAUUGCCCUUGGGGCUCCUGUCAUAGCAGGGCCCCUGGUCACUACUGAAAUUGACUGAAGGAUUGCAGUCCUAUGCAGCUGCCUUGUCUGUUGUCACCCUGGGUGUUGAAUUCAGAGCCUAACACCAAACUCCAUCCUCAACCCUGUAGUUAAAUGCUAGGUCUAGGCUGGCCUGGGAUUCUUGAUCUUCCUGCUUCAGCCAUCCAAGUAGCUGUGGUUACCGGCAUGUGCCCGCCACCGAGCCAGCUCAGCUCAUGUCCUUGUUUUCUCCCAGGUCCCACCCUGCUGGCCUCUCCGCCAACGCCCCAAGGUCUCCCAGGGGAAGCCAGGCCGUGUGGCCUUGGCUGGAGGCCGCUGUGCUGUGGCCAAGGUGUGUGUCAGCCUUGGCCUGGCGAGCGAUGACUCACUCUGGGUGGGGGCCUGGCCUUUGAGGCGCUGGCCCGUGUGCCCCUCCAGGGAUGUGGCCCCUGGACAGUGCCCAUGGGUGCCCUGUGGGAGACCCUGAGGGGUCUCAGGUCUAGCUCUGCCCCUGGAGCUCCACACAUAGCUGGACUGGACAUACCACCCAGCCCUGGAGUGGAAGCCCAUUUCUGACAGUGGAAGUCUCAGUGUGUCCAGCCUGCUCUAAGCGCAUUCAGCCUUGGCACCUUCUCUGCAAAACACCGGUUGCAGCUCAUGCCCUUAAUCCCACCUGCUUGGGGGGCUGGGGCAGGGAAAUCUCAAAGUCAAGGCCAACCUGGACAGUGUCUCAAAAUAAUAACCAAAAAACAGGGCUAGGCUAUGGUUCAGUGGCAGCACAUCCCUGAUUGUGUCGUCAAUCCCCUGCACAGAAGAAAUAAAGAAAAACCAAAACGAAUCGCCCUGCAGCCUGUACAGACUCCUACAUGUCUCUGAGGCCCCACCUACUUGGCCCUUCCUGACCUCCCACAGCCACACUAGCCUCCUCCAUGUUUUUGUUCACACCCAGCUCCUUCCUGCCUCAGAGUGUCUUUGCUUGUUUAUCUACUUGGCCUCCAUUCUCCCAGUUCUCCCCAGGGUCUCCCCAAGUUUUUCCUCUUUUGUGACUUCACUUGCUUGGUGGUCCAUUCCACCUCCCUCUUAGUUUUCCUUUUUUUUCAGACUAAGACUUAAAUUUAUGACCCUCCUGCCUCAGCUUCCAGUUGUGUAGGUUUUUGUUUUGUUUUUUGAGUCAGGGCUUCACUAUGCAGUUCAGGCUGAGCUCACACUCAAAGUGAUCGUCCUGCCUCAGCCUCCAGUUACGUGUUUUAGUUUUUGAGACAAGGUCCUGCUAUGUAGUCCAGGCUCGCCUCAAACCCUAGGUGAUCCUCCUGCCCCAGCCAAGCGCUGGCAUAACACGUAUGCGCCACCAUGCCUGGAAGCCUCUACUUUUAAACCCUUGUGUCCUCCAUACUGGGGGCAGGUUUCAACAUACAAUAGGCACUUAGCAAGGACCCAGAGGGGUGAAAGCUCCACAUUAUGGAAAGGCAGGUUUUGGAGUCCCCUCUGUGCCCAGAAUCCCAAAUUUCUGCCCCAGUGUCCAGGCCAUAGGUAGCGGCCUCUGUUCACCUGUGUCCCCUCCCAUGCUGACCCAGCGUCUGGAGCCCCUCCCCCAAUGGCUGCUGGGAUUGGCUGGAACCUGGCUGGGUCACAAAGGCUCCUGGCAGUGCCUGGCACCCAGCUGGCCACUGAGGCUGGUGGAUUCAGCUGCAGGGGCAGAGCCAGCUCAGAGCAGCGCAGGGUAUGAAGAGCGCGAGGCGGCCUCCUCUCACAGGCCGACUUCUGAGACUGCACCCUUUCCUGCUCCGCCACCGGCUCUGUGACCCUCAAGGCCCAGCUGACCUGCUCAGGAACCAACACAAUGCAGCCAGCAACACAGCCCCCGGUCAGCAGCCAGCUGUCACCAAGUGGGCACUACCCCCUGCAGCCCCAGCUCGGCCAUAAGCUCCAGGAGAGCGUUAGGGGGGCACCGCCACAGCACGUGCCUCCCAGCGCCCUGCAGCCCGCAGCCCUGCAUCAAGCGGCGCCCCCGCAUCCAGCGGCAUCCCCACAACUAGCAGCACCCCGGAAUCCAGUGGUGCCCCCACAACUAGCAACAUCCAGGAAUCCAGCGGUGCCCCCACAGCCUGCGGUGCCCCCUCAACUAGCAGCACCCCAGUAUCCAGCGGUGCCCCCCCAACUGGCAGCACCCCGGAAUCCAGCAGCGCCCCCACAGCCUGCGGUGCCCCCUCAACUGGCAGCACCCCGCAAUCCAGCCGUGCCCCCACAACUAGCAGCACCCAGGAAUCCCGCAGCGCCCCCACCGCCCGCGGCGCCCCUUCAACUAACAGCACCCCAGUAUCCAGCGGUGCCCCCACAACUGGCAGCACCCCGGAAUCCAGCAGCGCCCCCACCGCCCGCGGCGCCCCCUCAACUAGCAGCACCCCAGUAUCCAGCGGUGCCCCCACAACUGGCAGCACCCCGGAAUCCAGCAGCGCCCCCACCGCCCGCGGCGCCCCCUCAACUAGCAGCAUCCCGGAAUCCAGCAGCGCCUCCGCGCGUGCCGCGCCUGCGCGCGGUCGUGGAGAGCCAGGCCUUCAGGAACAUCCUGGUGGACGAGAUGGACAUGAUGCACGCCCGGGCUGCCACCCUCAUCCAGGCCAGCUGGAGGCGCCACCGACUGCGCCAGAAGCUCGUGUCCCAGAUGACGGCGGCCAAAGCCAUCCAGGAGGCCUGGCGGCGCUUCAGCAUCCGGCGCCUGCGCCGCUCUGGGAAGCUGCCGGCCCUGGGGCGUGCAGAGGAGGAAGGCGACAUCCCCUACCACCCGCCGCAGCAGGUGCGCUUCGGUCCUCAGCCCUGCCCAGGGAGCAGGGAGCCCCAGGGCUCCGCCCCCGCUAGCCCGGAGCCCUGCACACCCUGGCUCAUCUCGCUGCCACCCCCGCGUGGGGGCCCACCCUGUGCACCCACGACAGCCACCACCCUGCCGCCACAGGCCCAUGCCAGCAGCCUCCGGUGCCUGGGAAGCCCCGAUCCCAAGUGCCAGCCUGGCCCGGUGACCUCAACAGUCAGGGGUCCCUGCCUGGUCAACAGCCACAUGAUGGUGGACACAGCAAAGUCCAGAUAUAUGACUUCCAGAGCUACUAAAGCGGGGUCCCCAGAGCCACCCCCAUCUGGGAAGUACAGCCAGGUCCCCGCAGAGGCACAGCCUCUCAGGGCCCCAUCCCAGACUUUCCGAAUGGCCUCAGCAACCAGGACCACAUCCCAGACGUAUCCCAGGGCCGCCACCACCAAGACCCCGCCGGCCCAGAUGUGCCCGGUGCCCAUGCUGACCAAGACACAGCCCCAGACCUGCCCGGCACCCACACUGACCAAGGCCCAAGCCCGGGUUCGGCCAACGCCACUGACCAGCAUUCCACCACCUCGCCCUGCCGUCCCCAUGACCCGAGUCCCACCCCAGAUGUCCCUGUUGGCCUCUGUGAUCAAACCUCAGGCCCAGACGCGCCCGGUGGCCCCCGUGAGCAGAUCCCCACCCCAGCCAGCCUCGGUACCCAUGAUGAGGAAGGCCUCGCCCCUAGUGCGCCCGCCUCAGACUACACAGGCAGCAGCCACUGUGUGCAAGACACCAUCCCAGCUGCGCUCCGCCACCUCCACGCCUAAGGCCCCAGCCCAGACACGUCUGGCAGCCAUGAUCACCAGGACCCCGGCCCAGAUCCGCUCAGUUGCAGCUGCACUCAGGACGCUGUGCCCAACACUUCCGGGCUCUGGAAACCUCAAGGCCCGGCCGGCUGGAGCCCCCAGCAGCUCUGCCAGCCUGCACCUGGAGGCAUCAAGGACCAAGGUCUCGACGAGCACCAGGCCGGUGACAGUGGGGACCGUGAAAGUCUCAGACCUCUCUUGUUGGCCUGAAGGGAGGGUCAAGGUUGUUCCCCAGCCGCAUAUGGAAACUGGGGCUCCUGGGGCUCCCAGGGCUCCCACAAGGGUCCCUUUGGAAGUCAAGAAAACCCAUACCAGCACCCAGAAACUAGUGAGCAAGGACUCAGUGUCUAAGGCCAAUGUGGCAGUGCCAGCAGCCAGAGUCACCACAGACAGACGCCAGCCCCUGGCACAGGCUCUCCAGAGAGUGGAAGUCAUCAAGGUCCAGUCCCAAGUGUACAUGCCAGUGCAGGUGGCCGAGGCCUUGCCUCGGCCUCAAGUGGCCAUUCCGCUAACCAAGGCUCUGGCGCCAUCCCAGCCACGUCUGCCCCAGGCACAGCUGGCUGCACGGCCAUUGACGGCACCAUCCCGGCCUCAGGUGGCCACCAGUGUGACGGCCUCACCCCAUGUCCGUUCGCCCCCUGAACAGAUCAGGGCGCUAUCACAGCCACCACCAGCCACCUAUCCUGACAAGGCAGAGUCCCAGGUGCACCCGCCCAGCAGGCUGAGCAAGGCCCCAUCCAUAGGGCACCUGGUCACCUGUCUGACCAGGACGCAGUCCCAGGUGCAGCUGACAGCAGAGACGGCCCGGCGAGUCUUUGCAGCCCAACCGGCCACUGAGUUGGGCAGCAAGGCCCAGUCCCACCCACUGCUGACUGGGCCCAAGACGCCUGUCCCCUGCUGCCAGCUCUCAGGGACACUGAGCACCAGCUCCAGAGUGAAGCCAGACCACAGACCGGGCAAGGCCACCCAGGGCGCCCGCCCCACAGCCCUGGAGCCCCAGGAGACGCUGGUUCCUCUGCUUACUGCGACCACUACAACACACGUCAGCUGUAAUGUGGAGUCCUGGGGUGACAGUAAGACCAUGAGGGCCCAGCUACCCACAGCCAGCCAGGUGGUGACCAGCCAAGAGGAUGUGGCCUCAAAGAUUGCUGCCCUGGGCACAGAGCUGGUGGCUGCACUGGGUUCCCAGGAGGACCUGCGCACACUGCUGACCAAAGCGCUCUCGCAGCAAGAAGUGUGGGCCGCCUUGAACCAGGCCUUGUCCAAGGAGGUCCUGGGGGCCAGCAUGCUCAAGGUGCUGCCCCAGGGCAUGCUGGGAAUGUCCCUGGCCAAGACGCUGUCCUGGGGCGAGUUGGGUGCCACGCUGUCCCGCGUGCUGUCCCAGGGCGAGCUUCGCACAGAACUGGCCAAGGCUGUGCACAAUAGGGUGACCGAAGUGCUCGGCAAGGCACUGACCCAGGAGGAGUGGGCGGCUCUGAGCCGGACUCUGUGCCAGGGAGAGCUGGGGGCCAUCCUCAGCCAGUCCCUGUUCCAGGCAGCCCCCAGGACUGAGGCCGUUGUCCCCAGAGCCACCUCGAAAGCAUCCAGCAGCAGGAUUACACUGCCACCAGCCAGGGUGGAGGCGACGGUUCGAGGGCCCUGCCCACAGCCAGGCCAGGGCCCCGUGGAUGCCAGCACACAUGGUGGUCAGCUGUGGACCUCUGCUGUGCCCAGUGUGGCAGUCAAGCCCCUGGAGCAUGCCGUGGCCCCCCAUUACCCACAGCAGCCGCCCAAGGGCCCGGGGCCAUGGGACCACGUGGGCCACACAGCAGUGGCAGUGCCCAGGCCACUGGAGGACUUGACUGUGUCACUGCAGCAAAUGGAGAAGAUCAUCAUCCAUGCUGUGACCGUCAUCCAGGCGUGUGCCCGCGGAUACCUGGUGCGCCGGACCAUCAAGGUGUGGCAUCAGAGGGCCACCGUCAUCCAGGCCACCUGGCGCGGACAUUGCGUGCGACGUAACCUGUUGCGGCUCUACAAAGCCACCACUAUCAUCCAGGCCGCAUGGCGAGGCCACCGUGUCCGUGAGGUGCGGGCUCAACAGCUGCAGCUGCCACCCACGUGGAUCGAGCCUCCCAGUGAGGCCAAGGCAGCCACCGAGCACCGCUGCUUCCAGACCUGCCCGCCACGCCUCUGCAGCCUGUGCCAGGCCCUGCGCCCCGAGAUGGGGAGCCCGCCCAGCGUGGUCAUGCUGGUGGGCGCCAGUCCUCGCACCUGCCACACCUGUGGCCACACACUCCCCACACGGGUGGUGCACGGCACAGGCCGGGCGGGUGCACCAUGGGCCUCCACCCGCCAGCCGACCCUCUGGUACCAACAGCAGCUGCAGCCCCAACAGCAGUCUUGGGACGCAGCAGCCACCACCAUCCAGUCAGCCUGGAGGGGCUUCAAGGUUCGACGCCAGCUAAGAGAGCAGCAGCUGGCCGCCAGGAUGCUGCAGGCCACCUGGCGGGGCCACUACACUCGGACCUGCCUCACCUCUGUGGCACUCCUGGGGAUGGGAAGCCCUUGGGACAGCGCCCCGGGGGCCCCGCGCCCAACACGACAGCCUUCACGCUGGUCUGGCGUUUAGGACUCUGGCUGCCUGCAGAGGACCCGGCGGAGGGCUGGUGGUUCUCUGGGUCGCACAAAUAAAGUCGCCCAGCCUGA